GUGACUAUCUGCAGGCAACGCUGCGCUCGUCGAUCUAAGGGUUGCUCAGCGCAUCCCACCUCGAUAUCAUGCUAUCCCAUUGAGCAUACACUUCACAUGCUUCAGUAUGCUCUUGACUCCUGCCUGUGCUCCCUACUCGAGGAGUGUGGUCCGGGUAUCGACGAGAGGAUUGCGCUCGCCACGGUACCUCAUAACGCGGCCUCUACCAUCAUCAUUAGUGAGAUUUUAUGCCGCGCAACCUUCGUCUAGUGAUGCCAAAGAAGGGCGCCACCUGAAGACACUUGCGCUACCGUCCACCGCUCGAUUUAAUGAAAUCGGUGUGCAACAAUUGAGCGACUAUGUCCAUUCGCAGGUAUUCUUGAAUAAGCCAACCCCCCCGGACCCCGAGUUGGUCGCUUUAUCGAAAGAUCACUUGUCUCGGCAUGACCUACUGGGAAAAUCGCAAGAUGCGAGCGACCCCAUUGCGUUCCGCCUCCCCGCGCUCCGGGGCCAAACCCUCGACGAGCAUUUCUAUAAGCUUGGAAUGGAUUCAUCAGAGCCCUAUCUGGGCUACGCAAAAUCUUGUGCCUCGAUGAAUGCGCCGCGGAAGCCCAAAAAUUGGGUUAGAAGAAGUGGAUGGACAAAGUACAAUAGCGAUGGGUCUUCGGAGCCUGUGGAUGCGCCAAACGAGUCCAUAUUGACGUUCGACACAGAAGUCAUGUGGAAAGAGAGCUCGUUCGCAGUCAUGGCUUGCGCUGUCAGUCCCACAGCCUGGUACGCAUGGAUAUCUCCGUGGCUGCUCGGUGAAUCGGAGAAUGACCGCCAUCUGGUGCCUCUUGGCGAUCCUUCGCAGCCACGGAUCGUUAUUGGUCAUAACAUUGGAUAUGAUCGAGCCCGGAUAUUGGAGGAGUAUGAUAUUAAACAGUCACACAAUUUCUUUCUUGAUACGAUGUCGCUCCAUGUUGCCGUCAAUGGGAUGUGUUCACAACAGCGGCCUACUUGGAUGCGACACCAAAAGAACAGGGAUAUGAGGGAUAAAAUCGCCAAUGAGAGUAACUCGGCAGAGCUUGCCGCGCUGCUAGAGAACAAGGUCCUUAGUGAAGAGGAAGAGGAACUAUGGGUAGGCAGAAGCUCAGUCAAUUCUCUGCGGGAUGUCGCCAAGUUCCACUGCGAUGUGACGAUUGACAAGGCGCAAAGGGACUUUUUUGGAGAGCUUGACCGUGAAGGUAUUCGCGAGAGGCUCGAGGAGCUUCUAGACUACUGCGCUGCCGACGUUGCAAUCACGCACCAGGUCUACAAGAAAGUAUUCCCUAAUUUCCUCGAGGUUUGUCCUCAUCCCGUCAGUUUUGGCGCUCUUCGACACCUAUCUUCCGUGAUCCUCCCCGUGGACCAGACAUGGGAAGAAUAUCUUGCGAAUGCUGAAGGAACCUAUCAUCAACGAUUGCACGACGUUCAGCGGAAACUUGUCAUGCUUUGCGAAGAGGCAUUGAAAGUGAAGGAUGACCCAGAGAUAUAUAUGAAUGAUCCAUGGCUGAGACAGCUGGACUGGUCAGGCCAGGAGAUAAAGAUGGUGAAGGGCAAGAAGAAAGGAGAUCCACCUCGUCCCGCGGCAAGGCAGAAGAAGCCGGGUAUGCCCAAAUGGUAUAAGGAUCUCUUUCCCACUAUGACUGCUGAUAUCAAUCUCACGGUCCGGACCCGGAUAGCACCCAUUCUUCUCAAGCUAUCGUGGGACGGCCAUCCUCUCAUCUGGUCGAAUAAGUUUGGUUGGACGUUCAAGAUCCCCUUGGAUCAAGCCAAACAGUAUGAGAACCAACCUGUUGCCCCUUGUGACAUGUCUGAGGAGGAUAACCCUGAGCUCCGUGACGACCGGAAGCACAUCUACUUCAAACUUCCGCACAAGGAUGGACCCCAAGCUCGAUGCAUCAACCCCCUGGCUAAGGGGUAUAUGCAGUACUUUGAGCGCGGAACGCUAUCUUCUAAGUACGAACUUGCCAAGGAGGCCCUGGAAAUGAACGCUUCUUGUUCAUACUGGAUCAGCGCGCGUGACCGCAUCAUGAGUCAAAUGGUCGUGUACGAAGAUGAUGUACGGAAUGUUGUGAAAGACCAGAAGCAGGCCAAGGAUGGCAAAAAAUUGGGUUUCAUCCUACCGCAGAUUAUUCCAAUGGGAACUAUAACACGAAGGGCUGUGGAAAAUACAUGGCUCACGGCAAGCAAUGCCAAAGAGAACCGUGUCGGAUCUGAACUCAAGGCUAUGAUCAAAGCUCCACCAGGGUAUGUCUUCGUUGGUGCGGACGUUGACUCUCAGGAACUGUGGAUUGCUAGUCUCGUUGGAGACGCCCAAUUUCAACUUCAUGGAGGCAAUGCGAUUGGGUUCAUGACUUUGGAAGGUACCAAGGCCGCUGGAACUGACCUGCAUUCCCGAACGGCCAAGAUCCUUGGGAUUUCCCGGAAUGACGCGAAGGUUUUCAACUAUGGACGUAUAUAUGGAGCAGGUCUUAAGUUCGCGGCGACCCUACUUCGUCAAUUCAAUCCGUCCAUGUCGGAGAAAGAGACACAUGAGAUCGCGGCCAAACUGUAUAAAGAGACCAAAGGUACUCGCACUACUCGCAAAAUUCUGAGUGACGGUCCCUUCUGGCGUGGAGGCACGGAGUCAUUCGUGUUCAACAAGCUUGAAGAAUUUGCAGAACAAGAGAGACCCCGGACCCCCGCGCUUGGUGCUGGGAUUACAGAAGCCCUCAUGCGUCGUUUCAUCAACAAAGGGAGCUUCAUGACGUCGCGUAUCAACUGGGCCAUCCAGUCUUCUGGUGUGGACUAUCUCCAUCUUCUUAUUGUUUCCAUGGAGUACCUGAUCCGACGAUUCAACCUCAAUGCUCGUUUGGCCAUCACAGUCCAUGAUGAAAUUCGGUACCUAGUGAAGGAUGAAGACAAAUAUCGUGCGGCUCUGGCUUUGCAGGUUGCUAAUGUGUGGACCCGUGCGAUGUUCUCCCAACAAGUUGGCAUCGACGACCUGCCUCAAUCCUGCGCCUAUUUCUCCGCCGUUGACAUUGACCACGUCCUGCGGAAGGAGGUCAACAUGGACUGUGUAACGCCGUCUCAUCCGAAGAAGAUCCCGCAUGGUGAGAGCCUGGACAUUAACCAGAUCCUGGAUAAAGGCUCUGCAGCUUUCCUUGACCCUAAGGUCGAGUCUCUCUCCCCUCCAUCUCCUGAUCGAUUCACAUAUACACCCCGAAAGUCAGUCAUGUCCACUCUGCAGACAUCCAAUCACCCCGCAUUCAUUAAAGCACAAAUCACGAGUAGUGAUCAUGAGCUCCGCGAGAUCAUCAAAGAAGCCGUCAAAAGCGAUUCGACAUCUACGUCGUCGACGGCGCGGUCUCGGAAGCCAAAGACACCGCCCCCUGCGCAACCACAGGGAGCAAUCUUGAUGGACGUCCAGUCUGGCCUCUACCACGACUUCAGAUCUGCCCCACAAGGAAGCAAGUCUCCUCAAUUCACCAUCAGCAAGUACUCUUAUAAGCCACGACCUUGGGCUCGUGUCUGAGUCACUACUUUAUCUUUCUCUUGUGUAUUUUCUGUUAUUUCUUAUGGAGUGCAAAUACUCUUUUGCGUUAUAUCAUUCUUCGCCUGUCUUAUUUCUUUUCAUUUCGUGUGUAUUAUUCUAUUGUUGGAUGCAUUGGGUCGGCGCUGGUCUACGAUGCUGUUUUCUGGAUAGUGUAUGAGGACGGCUAUUAGUUACGACUCACUGGUGCAUGUACUAUAGAGUAUACGAACCCGUCGACGCGAGUGACAGCUGCAGGGCAGAGUCGCUUUGUACUGUAUAUGUGUGAAAAUCCGAAGAGCUGUGUUAUUUUCUAGUAUUAUUAGGACGGGUGGCUACCGACCGUGUCGUUAUCCGGGUCAAUUGAGAUGAGAUGGCUAAGACAAUCUAAGUAUUAAUCGAGCUCAAACAGGCGGGCCAGGAGG